UGGUCUAGUCCACUGUCUUUCCGGACUCCGGAGCUGUCAAACGCUUUGGAAGAGGGGGAGGGUGAACAUGGCGUCUGAGCAGGAGAGUUCUAAUGGGCCUGUGAAGAGGUCCAUGAGGGAGAAGGCCAUGGAACGGCGGACCACCAACAAGGAGCACAACAGCAACUUCAAGGCGGGCUAUGUGCCCAUUGAGGAGGAGCGCCUGCACAAGACAGGCCUGAGAGGACGCAAGGGCAACAUGGCUGUUUGCAUCAUAGUCCUGCUCUUCUUGCUGGCUCUCAUCAACCUCAUUAUCACUCUAGUGAUAUGGACAGUGAUCCGCAUCGGGCCCAGUGGUUGUGACAGUAUAGAGUUCCAUGAGAGUGGGCUGCUGCGUUUCAAGCAGAAGGCAGACAUGGGCGUGGUCCACCCACUACACAAGAGCACUGUGGGGGGCAGGAAGGACCAGGACCUGGUUAUCACCGGCAACAACAACCCGGUGGUGUUUCAGCAGGGCUCCACUAAGCUCAGUGUUGAGAAAGAGAAGACGUCCAUCACCAGUGACAUGGGCAUAUCCUUCACUGACCCCCGCACUCAGAACACCUUCUUCAGCACAGACUUUGAAAACCACGAAUUCCACCUGCCCAAAGGAGUCAAAGUACUCAGUGUGAAGAAAGCCUCCACAGAAAGGAUCACCAGCAACGCUUCCUCUGACUUGUCCAUCAAAGGGGACAGCAAGGCCAUCAUCCGCGGCAAUGAGGGGGUCUUCAUCAUGGGCAAGACGGUGGAGUUCAGGAUGGGAGGGGACAUCGAGCUCAGAGCUGAGAACAGUAUUGUUCUGAACGGGUCGGUGAUGGUGAGCGUCAGUCGCAUGCAAAACUCCUCAGUGGGGGCCAACGUGUAUUUCGACGAAGGUCUGUUGAGGUACAAGCUGUGUAUGUGUGCAGACGGCACUCUGUUCCGUGUCCAGGUGAAGUAUCAGAACAUGGGCUGCCAGACCUCAGACAACCCCUGUGGAACAGCCCACUAAAGAGACUGGAAGACAAACUGAUGUUACACCAUCCAUCUUGUCCUACAAUUAACAGAUGGUCAAGUAUGGCCAACCAAUGUUGAAAUACCCUAGAACAAUGUGCAGUGCAUACUGCAUACACAUUCAAAAUGUAACACCCAGAAACACUCUUUUUUUUAUGGAGGCCUUUUUGUUUGUCUGCAUAUCCGCUUGGCCAAAGAUAAGAGCUACAUACAGUAUUAUCAUUUUGUUUUGUUUAGACUUAGAGCAGCACACUAUAUGAAGUAACAACAGAUACAGCACUCUACCAAGCAGUCCAGUAUUAUUACCGGUGUUCUGGGUAUUUAUAUUGAUAAUGAUUUGCUUAUGUAUAUUUCCACUGGCAGCUGUGUGUGACUCGAGUACAAGUCACCCUGUAUUAGGCAUCAGCCACUGAUCACUUAGCCACUAUAUUUAUGUUUUGAUUAUGGUUAGUUAAGGAGUUAUGAGUUGGAGUUAAGUGGGAUAUGUGCAAGGGUUAACACUUAAAAUAGGAAACAUACUUUUAGUGCUCCCUACAUUGCUAUCUACAGUGCAAUUCUUCAACAUUAUGUUACUUUACAACCAAUUAAAAUUAAAAAACAGAAAUACCUUAGUUACAUAAGUAUUCAGACCAUUUGCUAUGAGACUCGAAAUUGAGCUCAGGUGCAUCCUGUUUCCAUUGAUC